CGUUUGCUUCGCUUUAAACGUAUAAAAUCUCACCUGCACUACGCGUUCUGGUGUUGUAGUACUGCAGCGGUACCGAGAAUCGAGCAAGCGUCAACGCAUUUUGCGUGUUCAUUUGUUUCGCAUUGCCCUCCUUCAUUUGUUACUUUGCACUCUCUGCCUUCCUCGCGAAUCGAACGCGGUGUGCGUGGCUAACGCUUGAGGUAGUACCAGCGUUCAGGUAGUGCCGCAAGGAAGUGCUCGGAAGUGUUCAACGAAUUCUGCCGGCAGUCGCUAUUGGAUUUUCUUGUGAUACAUACAAAAGUGUAGCUAAUAUUCAAAAUGUCGGGGAUCUUCAGUUUCAUGGACGGUUACAGACAUUUCAUGAAGACAUACACGGAUCCACGAACAGCUGACUGGUUCUUAUCAGGCAAAUUAGGACACUUAGUAGUGAUACUUGUGUCGUAUGUAUAUUUCUGCACAAAAGCUGGUCCGAGGUAUAUGAAGGACCGGAAGCCAUAUGAAUUGAAGACUGUGAUACAAAUAUAUAACCUAAUACAGGUUUUCGCUAGCAUGUAUUUAGUAUACGAGGGAAUUAUGGGUGGAUGGCUGCAUGAGUACACAUUUUCGUGCCAACCAGUAAUUCCAGGUGAAAAAGGAAUGAGGAUGGCUAGAGCAGUUUGGGUAUAUUUUAUGUGCAAAUUAGUGGAAUUGCUAGACACUGUAUUUUUCGUACUCAGGAAGAAGUACAACCAAGUUAGCUAUCUUCACUUGUACCAUCACACACUGAUGCCUAUUUGUGCAUGGAUUGGAGUUUCAUUUUUGCCAGGUGGUCAUGGAACGCUCUUGGGUGUUAUCAACUCCUUUAUCCACGUCAUCAUGUACACCUACUACUUCCUGUCUUCACUUGGUCCAGAGUUCCAGAAAUUCCUUUGGUGGAAGAAACACGUCACCAUUCUCCAAAUGAUCCAAUUCUGCAUCAUCUUCUACCACAACUUCCAAGUGCUGUUCCGCGAAUGCUCCUACCCGAAAUUCAUAAACUUUCUGCUCGCAACGCAAGCCGCAUACUUCCUAUACCUAUUCGGGUGCUUCUACGUCAACCAGUACAUGAAAAGCCAAAAGAAGAAGAGGAAUCAGCAAUUGGCCAAUGAGGCUACUCACGUUGCGUCCAACGGAAAGCUGAAGGACAAUGGAGAAGUCAAAGCUAACGGAGAUGUGACGAAUGGAUAUGUGAAGUCCAAUGAGGAACUGGAAAAUGGAAGCGCCAAACAAAAUGGAUAUGUAGAGAACAAGGCUAAAGUCAAUUAAGUUCUGUGAGCUUCACGGCUGGUGAAUAAAAAUCGGAGCGAUUUGUCAAACAUGAUAGACGUUUGGUUAUAUAGGAACAUCAUAUUGUAUAUCAUAGAUAAUUUUGUUACAAGUUUCGAUGGAAUAGGGAUACAGCAAAAGCUGAAGUUGACAUUGUGCGAAAGUCUUCCCAGUCCAAGGGAAUUAGCCAAAGAUGUGAUACGAACCAAUGUAAAUAGAAGGUGCAAGCCUUCAAUUUGUUUCAUAAUCUCAGUAUGUGUGUAAGUAUUAUCAUUAUGUUGAUACGACGUGGUCACUUUGGUAGCCAAUGGUACUAAAACGAGUCCAAGGUAUCUAUUAAGACUACAAACAUAUUUCUGCCACACAAUGAAAUAUGGUGUGCCUGGUGACGAUGAGAUUUAAUGUAAAAUUAACUUGGUCAUACAUUUUUUGAAACUUUGUAAUGUGCUUCAGAGAUAUUUUAUGAAAUUUUGCUUUGUCAGGAGAGUGGUCGUGGAGCAUUAACAAUAUUUUGGAAACUACAUCUUAUAUGACUCGAGUGACAUCCUAUGGAUGCAAGGGGAAUGUGCUCAGGGUCCACCUUCUUCUUCUUAGAGUGUCAUGUCGUUGUAGGACGAUGGCACUGCCAUGUAGAAUUGCUGUCCAUUACCGCAAAUAUGUCAACCUAGAUUGAUCUAUCUAUUUCUUUCCUUCAAUUUUGCCAUUGAGAAUUAACCGUACAGAUCAAUAUCUUGGUCCCCUCAUUAAUUAUGUUCAAGAUGCUGUAGUGUACUCACAAAAGUAUGUUGGUGUAGAGUUCUUCGAACAUUCUUUUCUUGCUGGUUUUGUCCCAUAGUAUUUUGAUAUUUUUCGAUCCACCCACAUUCCAAACACCUCUAUUGCAUUCACCGUAGCAGUGUUCAGAGUACAACUUUUAUAACUAUACUGUCUGCGAAAACAUACCUCAGUCCAAAAGUUGACAGUUUGCGUGAUUCAGGGUGUCAAAGUUACAAUUUUAUUUUCUAUUUUCCACAUAUAUGUCUGAGUAUACUUUCCCUAAAAUAAUUGUAGGUCCCUUCAGGUGCAAGUCCUCGAGCUCCUCCUGUGUGCCCAAGGGCGGCUACAUGGCCUAUGACCUUGGCGUUAAGCAGUGGGGCUAGCGUUCAAUUUGAUAUUGGGAUUAUAUUGGAACGUUCCAUUCAAAAUUGAAAUUAGCAAUAAACUGAGCGCUUCACAGUUGUCUUUUUAUUCAAAAAUCCCGUAAAAAUUGAAAAAAGGCGUAGAAAACAAAUGAAAUAUAUAUCCUCUCUUAAAUUUAAUAUAUUAAAUAAUGAGUUGAAAAUGGAAUCAUAACUUUGCUUACACUACCCUUAACAUUUGAAGUUGUUUGGCAUUUUCUCUUAAGGGCAAUUUGGAGACUUUCUGUAUUACCCAUUGUGUCGUGUCUUGAAAAUAUUUGAGCAUCUGGAUAUGGAUCAUAUAAAGGGAGUACAACCUUUCAUUUGAUCCAAUAGUAAACUGACAUUGUUGUUUUCAUAUACAACGUGAGUUUAACUGAUUACUAUUUUUAGCUUCACUUCUUUGUAUCAGUAUUACUCAAUGAGGUUCUUAAUAAGGUGCCGCCAUUUGCCCCGAUUGUAAUGAAUUAUGUUUACGAACCCUGAACUCUUGUGAGAUAAAAUCUAGUGUAUAUUUUUGCUGAAUUUUGCGAACUAUUGAGAAGUAUACUAUACUACCAUAUUAGUGCAGGUGAUCGGAUACGGUUAUUUAACUUCGAGUGGCCUUAAAGUACCCUUCAAAUGCCUUCCUAGACCACUUAUGUCGUGCGCGUCUGGACUCGAAUUCUGAAUUGGUCUUCGAGGUGACCUUGACACAAGGUUGACACGACGUUGAGAUGCCUUCAUAGUGACUAAAUGACUUCUGAUUUGGACUUAUCAACCAGAAACGUGAGUGGCAUGUGGCUGGGCUCAAAUGCUCGGCUUCUUUUGAAAAUGUCCUUGAUAAACCUUGAGGUCUCCUCCAAGUGAAGCAAACUAACCCCAGAUUUGAAAACAAAAAACCCUAUUGUGCUGUAAGUGGUAUAAUUGGCCAUUUCAGAUCCCAAAGGUUAGAUUAACAAGCAAAUCCUAUGGUCAAGAGUAAAUUCGAACAAUAACGAUUCCGGACGACUUUACUCACACCAGUUUCCGUCACGAGA